UUAGACAUCGCCGGACAACCAACGCAUGGAUCAGCUCCCUCUUCUUGGGAGCGGCCCCAGAGCCGCAGCCAUUACCGGCAAUGCAUUAGCUCCCUCCUUCGUCGCGAUGGAUCAGCACGCAGCCUCUACAUCCACUUCACCACCGGAAAAGGCGCCGCCGGCGACGCCGUUCCGGGCCCCGGAACACCGUGGAAAGUCCAACUACAACAGGAGAUCAUCUGACACGAUCAAGGCCAAGAUCAUGUCGCACCCUCUCUAUCCGGCUCUCCUCGGAGCCUUCAUAGACUGCCGGAGAGUCGGAGCGCCGCCCGAAGUUGUCGGUCGGCUCUCCUCCCUCGUCGACGAGCUCCAGCCGAGUUCAGAUGACAUGCAGGAACAGCCAGCGGACCCAGAACUCGACCAGUUUCAUGGUAAUAUGAUUAGCUUCUUAGCUGGCUGAAUUAUUUGCAUACAUGGAUCUAGCGAUAUGCUUUUGUGUGUAUGUGCAGGAGACCUA